AUUUUUCAGAUGAUUAUUUGUUAAGCUGACAAUUAUUUCUUAUACAAAUUCGGUUAAUUACUCUCUGCACUAAGAAUGAACUACAUUGGUUUGACAGUCGGUGGGUAUGCUGUAACUUCUUAUAUCCUUCUCAAAAACCCAACAAUCCUUCAUCUGAAGAAGAAAUUUCGUCCUGCCAGGAUAAUUGCUCAUCGGGGAGGGGCUGGGGAGGGGACUGAGAAUACACUGACAGCUUUCAGACAAGCUGUAGAGCUCGGCUGUGAUAUGUUAGAGUUAGAUGUUAAUCUAACGAAGGAUGGACAAGCUGUGGUUGCUCAUGACAAUAAUCUGCGACGAUUAACGGGAAAACAAUCCUUCAUCACAGAAACAGAUUUUAACAAUCUACCUCAAAUACAAGAUAAGGUUCCGAUAGAUUUCCUUCCUGGAGAGAUCUACGUAAGUUCUGGAAUAAACCCAGAGGAGAGAAGGUUCUGUAGCCUGGAGGAGGUCCUGGACAGGUUCAAGUGUCAGAUCAAUAUCGACAUUAAGGAGAAGAAGGAGAGGUUGGUGGAGGAGGUGGAUAGGCUCAUCAGGAGAUACGGAGCACAAGAAAGAUGUGUGUGGGGUAGUUUUGACGGAGAAACAACUGAUUUGUGCUUUAGAAAGAAUCCAGAAGUCGGGCUUUUCUUCUCAGCGCCGCGUCUUCUUCUUCUCAUGAUCUUGUUUUAUACUGGGUUACUCCCGUUCAUAUCUCUGAGGGAAACCCACCUAGAGAUUCCAAUGCUCUCACUAUUCCUCUCUCCUAAAUAUGCUUCAAGUGAGAGUACUGUCAGCUUUGGUAAACUACCUCAUUUCCUUCUCAAGGUUUGCAACUACCUUCUCUUAAACCGUAGUUUAAUCAAGCACCUGGAGGAGCGAGGUAUCCCAACCUAUCUCUGGGUUCUAAACUCCGAGGAGGAGUUUGAGCAGGGUCUAAGCUCCGGAGCUUCUGGGAUUAUGACGGAUUAUCCAUCCAGGCUUAAACAGUUCUAUCAUAAAAUCAAUUUAAAUUAACACAUGUCGAGAUGAUAACAAUCCAUCGAGAAUACUUGACCUAAGGUUUCCCGAAAAAUAUGUAAUUAUUUCCGUGGAAUUUUUUUAAUUGGCUCCCAUUGAAAAUUCAAAUAAAGGGUUUUCUUCGUGAUUAUUAAAUUAAACUGUGAUCUAUCUAUUUGUUAAUUAAUUAAAAUGGCUUUCGGAUGUAUUCGAUUAAAGCCGAAAUUGAUUUUAUUACUAAGUAUAAUUUUGUUGUAGAUUGUCACCAUUGAAUUAGUAUGAUUUUUUUAAGUAAAAUUAUUUAUUUAAUAAUUUAUUUAACAUAUUAAAA